AUCAGGUGGCGGUUACCUGUGACAGCCCUGCGCGGGGGCGCAUGCGCGGCGCCCCAGCCCGGGGCGGCGCGGCUCGAGCAACAGUCUGUCCGCGAGCGCGCCCCACACAGCGCCGCCCAACAUGCCGCAUGGUGGCGCGGCGGUAGCGGUGCGCGCGCGGCGGUGAUCGCCCCGAUGCGGCGCGCGCUUCACCAUGCGACAACAGUCGACCGAAACGGUCGACGCGUCGGUAUGCACGGAGGAGAGCGGCGCGGCGCGGCUCGAGGCCGUGCUGCUCGCGCUGCUGGAGAGCAAGGCGCGCGCGCUGCACGCCGAGCACAGCCGCCGCCCGCACCCGCUGCUGCUGCUGCUGCGGGACCCGCCUCCUGAAGAUGAGGCGUCCACGGCGGGGUCGCCGGGCGCGCUGCUGCCGGCCGCGUGGUGCGAGCACGAGCGCCGCAACCUCACGCUGCACGCACACGGAGACCUGUCAAGUCCAGAGCAGCUAGAGUUGGAGCGGCGGCGGCGACGGCGGCGGCGGCGGCGCAGCCCGCACAGCAAGCCCAGGAAACAUCGCACGCUACUCGUGUCAGCUAUAGACGAGCAGGCUAAAGUUAUACAUGUGCUAGACCCAGACGAGUUGCCACGCCGCGCGCGCUACACCAUCAUGGUGACGGCGUGCCUGCUGCUGUUCCUGUGCCUGCUCCUAGUCGGGGUCACACUUAGGAUGGCGCCGCUGAUCGAUGACAUGGGUGAGUUGUAG